AUGUCUUCAGUAUCUACCUAUCGUCGACAUAUUGAUUCAAUUUAUUUAGAAAUUUGUAUUGGUGGUCUUAGUUAUCAAACAGAACCUCAUACAUUAUUAACAUAUUUCGAACAAUUUGGUACUAUCAGUCAAUAUAAUUUUACAUCACCAACUGGCGGUGGUUACGUUUUUAUAUGUUAUGAAAAUUCUCAAAGUGUUGAUCGAUGUAUAGCUAAUCGACCACAUCGACUUGAUGGUCGACAUUUAUAUGUUAAACGUGCUUUACCUUUUGAUCCGGAAUAUCCAAAUGAACAUAUGAAUUCAAUACGUGACAUAAUGAUUAUAUGUGAUUCUCUCGAUAUUGAUGAAGAAUAUUUAAAAAAUUUACGUGAAUAUUUUUCAUCAUAUGGUGUUGUAUACGCUUGUAAAUUAUGUCACGAAACAAAUUAUGAUUAUAUUCUUGUUGAAUUUGCUGAUUAUGAUCAAGUUGAUCGAAUUAUUCUUGAUAAACCACAUCAUUUUAAUAAUCAAGAAUUAAAUCUUAUGAAAUGUAUAGCAACAAAUAAAAAAUUAAUGAAUAUUAAAUAUUCAUCGAAAGAAAAUUCAGUGAUUGCAAAAGAUGCGAUUGAUAUUAAUGAUGAUCAAAAAUUUUUAAAAUAUGAAUUAAAUUAUAAAAAUGAUCUUGCAGAAAAAAGUAAUCAUCAUAUUAGUGAAAUUGAUCUAGCAAAUGAAGUUUAUCGUUUACAAAAUUUAAUAAAAAAAUUAAAUGAAGAUUUUUCGAUUAAACGAAGACAACUGGAAGAGAAUUGUUGUGAACAAUUAAGAAAACUAAAUGAAGAUGCGGAUAAAACUCAUCGAUUACAACAACAUCUUGAGCAAGAAUAUACGAAAUUAUUAGUUGAACAUGAAUCACUUAAACAUGAAAACGAAGUACUCAAUGAACAGUAUUUAAUGACUGAAUUAGAAAAUUUCGAAAUGACAUCAUAUUAUGAACAAAUUCUUGCUGAAGAAAAAGCGAAAACAACUCAAUAUGAAACGGAAUAUACUCAAAUUCUUCAAUGUUUAUAUGAUAAUGAUUCACCUCAACCAUCUUCUCCUCAUCAUCAUUUAAUGAGUACUUCACAAACUUCAUUAUCACCACCAUUACCUGCCAUACCAGAUGACGAUGAUGACGACUAA